UUGUCAAGGUCGAAACCCUUAUCUGCCGCUGCAACUGGAAUCUGAUUCUCGUACAGUUGUAAAUAAAACACGAUUGAAAAGGCGUGCAUGUUUUGCAGAUACACCUCCGCGGGAGGAAAUAUGAUCAGAAGUUGUUUCAUACGACGUUUUCUUAUUCAACAAUGGAAGCAGCCUAGACUGUUUGACACAGCAGUCGUUUUAAACAGAAACAAUUGCAGUAGCAUCAACUAUUGUUUCUUGGUACGGGAUUAUAUGUUGUAUUGACAGGAGCGAAUUUCGAGAUUAAUAUUGCUAAACAUGUCUGAUGUUGUUACGGAUGCAAGGCAUUACACCAGUGAAGUAGAAAAGUCAAAAAAAGCAACUAAAGUGAAAGGGCCAACAAUUUUUGACAAAAUUAUUAGAAGAGAAAUACCAGCCGACAUUAUUUAUGAAGAUGACUUGUGUUUGGCAUUUAAUGAUGUAAAUCCGCAAGCACCAGUACACUUUCUUGUUAUACCCAAAAAACAAAUACCAAUGCUUGGAGAUGCAGAGGAUAAUGAUAAGGAGCUUUUGGGUUACCUUCUGCUAAAAGCACGCAAACUUGGAAAUGAACGGAUGAAAAAUGGAUACAGAAUUGUUAUAAAUAACGGGCCUGAUGGAUGCCAGUCUGUGUAUCAUCUCCAUAUCCAUGUAGUCGGUGGGCGACAGCUUGGUUGGCCACCAGGUUAACUAUUGCAGUUUAUUGUGCACAUAUUUUUGUUAUAACUGUUGCUCAAUUCUUUGGAACCUGUAAAUAAGAGAACAAUAAACAAGUUUACCAUGAAAGAAUAA